CCUUGAAGACACGCUCAGGGGUUGGCGUUGUGCGAGAAGGUUGGAGGUGUUGUGCCACACGCCAGGGGAAAUGUUUGGAGCGUUCUCGGCUCUCGUCAGCUCCCAGCAGCCCAGGCAGAAGAGGCAGGGGCAGCCUCCUCAAGUGGGCUACACGCCGGAGGACUCCUCACUUCAACACCCCGCCAGAGGAGAGGACGGCUCCCAGGAUGUAACACCGCCUUAAGGAGAACUCAUCUCUUUGCAACAGUGCUCCAUUCACGAUUUUUUCCCCCCUAUUAAUUUAUUUCCUUGACAUUUUUUUGCAAUGACAGUUUUGUCGACAUCCGGGCCACAAUACCUUGACUCCAUUCUUGUCUAAAACUGGCGGAGAGACUGAUAAAUCUUGUUCUCCCCCCCUCCCACCUAACGACUCUUUUUGUCCGCGCCGUGAAGGCUGGAACAAAGAGGUGAUGUCUAACCAAGGAGUUCGGCGGAAUGGACCCGUGAAGCUGCGAUUAACAGUCCUCUGUGCCAAAAACCUCGUCAAGAAGGACUUUUUCCGCCUCCCCGAUCCUUUUGCUAAGGUGGUCGUGGACGGUUCGGGACAAUGCCACUCAACAGAUACUGUGAGGAACACACUUGACCCCAAGUGGAAUCAGCACUAUGACCUAUACAUCGGGAAAUCGGAUUCCAUCACCAUCAGUGUGUGGAACCACAAGAAGAUUCACAAGAAGCAAGGAGCUGGUUUCCUGGGAUGCAUUCGCCUUUUGUCCAACGCUAUCAACCGCCUUAAAGACACGGGCUACCAGAGACUAGACUUGAACAAACUGAGUCCAAAUGACAGCGACACAGUCCGAGGUCAGAUCGUGGUGAGCUUGCAGUCCAGAGAUCGGAUAGGCACAGGAGGCCCAGUGGUAGACUGCAGUCGACUUUUCGACAACGAUCUUCCAGACGGCUGGGAGGAGAGGAGAACGGCAUCUGGACGAAUCCAGUACUUGAACCACAUCACACGCACCACACAGUGGGAAAGGCCGACAAGACCCGCAUCCGAGUACUCAAGCCCCGGUCGGCCGCUUAGCUGCAUCGUGGAUGAGAACACACCCAUUAGCACAAACGGCGCCACGCCCACUACGGCGUUGCCACCAAAUGGCGGUGACCAGCGGGCCCAGGAGAGGCGCGUUCGGUCCCAGAGGCACCGCAACUACAUGAGCAGAACACACCUGCACACACCGCCAGACCUCCCGGAGGGCUAUGAACAGAGGACCACGCAACAAGGCCAAGUGUACUUUCUUCACACUCAGACAGGUGUCAGCACAUGGCACGACCCCAGAGUACCCAGAGAUUUGAGUAAUGUGAAUUGUGAGGAACUGGGUCCGCUACCUCCCGGAUGGGAGAUCCGCAACACGGCGACAGGGAGAGUAUACUUUGUGGACCACAACAACCGAACCACACAAUUCACCGACCCACGCCUCUCUGCUAACUUACACCGAGUCCUUAAUCCAAGUCCGAAUGGCUCACGAGGAGGCAUUGAAAGUCAGAAUGUGAGUCGUCAGAACCCGUUGAAGGAUCAGGUCCAGCAGACUCUGGUGUCCACAAGUCACCUCCAAGAGGAAGCAGAGUGUCUCACGGUGCCCAAGUACAAGCGAGACCUAGUCCAGAAACUCAAGAUCCUUCGACAGGAACUCUCUCAGCAGCAGCCUCAAGCUGGGCAUUGUCGCAUUGAAGUAUCCCGUGAGGAAAUAUUUGAGGAAUCCUAUCGACAAGUGAUGAAGAUGAGGCCAAAGGACUUAUGGAAAAGGUUAAUGGUGAAAUUUCGGGGAGAAGAAGGACUUGAUUAUGGUGGAGUGGCCAGGGAGUGGCUCUAUCUAUUAUCGCACGAGAUGUUGAACCCGUACUACGGCCUGUUCCAGUACUCACGUGAUGACAUCUACACGCUGCAGAUUAACCCAGACUCUGCAGUCAACCCUGAGCACUUGUCGUACUUCCAUUUUGUGGGCCGUAUCAUGGGGAUGGCAGUUUUCCAUGGCCACUACAUUGAUGGAGGAUUUACCUUACCAUUCUACAAACAACUCCUCGGUAAACCCAUCACCCUGGACGACAUGGAAUCUGUCGACCCGGACCUCCAUAACAGUCUCGUCUGGAUCCUGGACAAUGACAUCACAGGCGUGUUGGACCACACCUUCUGUGUAGAACACAAUGCCUACGGGGAGAUCAUCCAGCAUGAGCUCAAGCCAAAUGGAAAAAGUAUCCCCGUCACUCAGGACACAAAGAAAGAGUACGUCCGCCUCUACGUCAACUGGCGCUUCCUGCGCGGCAUCGAGGCUCAGUUCCUCGCUUUGCAGAAGGGCUUCAAUGAAGUCAUCCCCCAACACCUAUUGAAGGCUUUUGACGAGAAAGAGCUUGAGCUGAUCAUAUGUGGCCUGGGUAAAAUUGACAUCAAUGACUGGAAGUCCAACACACGGCUCAAACAUUGCACUCCAGAUAGUAACAUUGUCAAGUGGUUCUGGAAAGCUGUGGAGUUUUUUGAUGAGGAGCGAAGAGCCCGCCUACUACAGUUUGUCACAGGUUCUUCUAGGGUUCCACUGCAGGGCUUCAAAGCUCUCCAAGGUGCUGCUGGUCCACGGCUAUUCACCAUCCACCAGAUCGAUGCUAACACCAACAACCUCCCCAAAGCCCACACAUGUUUCAACCGGAUCGACAUUCCUCCCUAUGAAAGCUACGACAAACUAUAUGACAAAUUGCUGACCGCCAUCGAGGAGACAUGCGGCUUUGCUGUGGAGUGACACAGCGCAACAAACAGCUGAAGUUUGAUCCUGCCUCUUUUUUUACACACACACACACGCGCGCAUCAAACACUUUUUUUUGUUAUUAGCAACGACAACAAAAAAUAUCUGCAGCUGCUAAUAAGUCAGACUAUUAUACUAACUCGUGGAACAUGCAGGAUUCUCUGGCUCUUCCUCUUUUUCUAUGUUAAGCAUUUUUUAAAAUAUCGACUAUUCCAUGUAGCAAGGAUCACUCUGAACUGCAGAUACAAAACUGGUGUAUUAGCUACAGUACAGGGUCAUUUAAUGAAUGGUUACCGUAACCACUUAAAUCUCGAUAUGGAGUGUGCCUUGGACUGAUGAUGCCCGGCCAACGGGGAGACCGCGGAUGCAACCAUGAGACUGAAUUUGGCAGACAGAUUUCUAUCGCUCUCCAAAGACAGCAGCAAGGACCCCAAUGAGUCGCUGCACAAGCUGCAUUCCCAUCGUCUCUCAGUUUGUUUGAACGUGUCAACAUGAACAAAGUGCUUGCAAUGUGUUAUUUUUAUAUAAGUAACGGGGGAAAAUGGAGGAAAAGGACAUUUCUAAUAUAUCUAAUUUAUUGCUGAUACAUCUCCCCAUUCUUUUAUUUCAGGAAAAAAAAUGUUACUGUUUAAAUUAUUAAAAAAAAAAUAGUAGAAAGAUUAUUUCCAUGCAAAGAUGACAGUAUUUUAGUUUAUUUAACACAACUCUCAUCUUAAAGGCUUUCCAAUCGCAAACACACAAAAUAGCUUUUUUUGAAUUUUUGUUAAACUGAGCAGACCCUUUAAAAUCCACUCUGGCAUAACUGUUGCAUAUCUGAAUACUCGGUUGGACCCUGCUAUACUGUUCUAUUAAUAAUGUUCCAUUUGUGAAGUUGUUUUCAACCAUCCAGCAUAAAAUUCUUGAAUGUUUUCUAAAAGAUGCUGUAUAGCAAUCCCUCUGACCGUGGACUGUUCUUAACAUUUGCAUAAACUGAAGAAAAAAAUAAAUCAACUGUUGUUCUUUAUUGUAAACAAGUGUAUGCAAAGUGACAAGUGUCCUCACAUGGUGCUUUGUACAGUCAAAAUAUAUUGUUCAUAUGUGGAUCAAACAACCUGUAAUUUAUGUUUAAUUUAAUUAGAAAUGGAUUUUGUCAAAAUGGAGGGGGUGAGUUGCACAAAAGGUUGCAUAAAGGGCAUAUUCAUCCACUGAGCAGUCCAGUGCACAAAUGGAUAGAUCACUCUUCCUUUCGUACUUUACUCAAUGCCGUCUCAUUGCUGCCUCUCACUGAAGAAUUGAAGUUCUUAUCAAACCAGAAAAGGUUAAGCGAUGCAGCUCUUUUUAGAUUUUUUUUUUAGCAUGAUCCACUAGGACUAUUAUCUCUCCUGGCUGACUGAUGCAAUUUGAUGUAUGUAACACUACCAUUUUGUAAGAGUAUUUUAUUUUUGUGUGUAAUGAGUUGUAAUUAAACUUGCCUUUGUCUAACAAUGUAGGGCCUUGUACAAAGAA